AUGAGCCCGAAAACUGAUCCCACUGCAUGGCUGUUCAUCUAUUCGGCCCCUGACAGUCAUCAACGUCGUCCACUUCGAGUACGAGCUCAAGCUCGACCUCCAGCUCGACUUCAUCGACGACCUCAACCACCACUUCGAGCUCAUCAUCGACCGUUCCAACGACUUCCUCGACGAGCGACGCUCCUACCACAUCCAGCACCAGUGCAGCACCCACAACAAGGGACGAAUGAUGUUGAUCUGUUCCGUCCUUUGUAUGCGCUGCCUUCAUGUUCCGCAUCGACCUUUCUCAGUCUCUCGUCGCCAUCCAGCACACGUGUUCUGACAUCUUCUACCUCCUCGCCCUCCUCGUUCGAUCCGUCAUCAUCGACGCCACCGCCUGCCGCUACUACCUCCUCGUCUUCCGAUCAAUCCGAACCUUCGCGCCAAUCCGAUCCACGCAGCACUGAAUCUGUCGUAUCGACCUCAACCUCGCAAACGCCCUCGGUGAUCACCACCCAAACCUCGCUCACCACCAUCACCUUGCCCAACGGUCAGACCUCCACAUCGACUGCCUUUGCCGUCACAACCGCCAACGGUCAAUUGAGUGGCAGCGACCGCAACGGCAGUGGCAGCAACAAUGGCUUCUUCAGCAACUCUGGCGCCGUCGGUGGUACCUUUGCCGUCGUCGGGCUGGUAGUCGUCGGCAUCAUCGCUGCCAUUUUCUACAUGCUUUGGAGGCGUCGCAAGGCACAGAGGAUGGACGCCGAUGUCGUCGCUGCCGCCUCCGCCGCCGCUGCUACGAAGCGAACGCCCUUCGACGAUGACGAUCCCGAAAUGAUCGAGGACCCUAGCUAUGGCACGGGUGCUGCCGGUGCAGGAGCUUACGGUGCAUCGCCUUCCAUGAUGCAGCAGUACUACAACAACUAUGGCAACGCCAGCGAGGGGUACGAGCCCAGUCAUAUGUCUGGCGGCACCAACCCCGGUUACGCCGGCAUGGGCGCAUACGGUCCCAUGGCGGCUGCUGGUGCUGGUGGUGCUGCUGCUGGCGGUGCUGCUGCCUACUACGCCGGUGGUGCCGGCACCGACAAUUCGCACUACUACGAGAGUGUCCCCGGCGGUCUCAGCCACGAGGGCGCCUACAAUGGUAUGGGCCAAGAUCCUAACGGCUACAGCCAGGGUGGUCACGAAGAUCCCUACGGCGCCCAGAGCGGUGGUCACGGGUACAGCCAUAGCGGCGCGCCUCAGCUCAACUGGGCUCCCGGUGCCUCGCCGCCGCUGGACCAGGAAGCGUACGGUGGCGUCCACCCCGCUCAGGGCUACCCGGUUGGUGCCGCUGGUGCAGCGGGUGCAAACAAUGUAUUCGCCGACCCCAGCGGCAGCAGCAACGAGACCGACGGAAGGAUCGACAUGACCGCUCACGGAAACGGAUCGUCGGUCAGUCUUCGCGACGACCAGGACUACGGUCGUCGCUUGGCGGUUCGUAACGGCGAGCAGUGA